CACCACCCCUGCCCUGCCUUGCCUUCGUCCCUUUUCCUCUCGCUCUCCGCCUCGCCUCCCUCGACUCGACCCGCUUCCACCCACCUCCUGCCUCCCCUUCCUUCCUCCUCCCUCACUCCUCCGCCCGCCCGCACGCGCCCAUCCAUCCUCUGCCUCCCCCUCGGCCCCGGACGACCGCCGCGCGGACCAGCGGCGCGGGAACCCAGCCGGCCGGAAUGCCCGCGCAAAAGCGCCCGCACCCGUCCUCCGCUGGCGCCGCCCCGGUCCAACCCCACGUCCAGGACCAAGCUACAGGCGCGGAACCCAACGGCAACGCCAACGCCCUAGGGACGCCCAACGGAGCCGCCCCCGAGCUGGCCAAGGAGGUGCGCCGCGAGCGCGACGACGGCGAUUCCGAUGCGGGGGAGGAGCAGGAGCAGGACCAGCGGGACGACGAGGAAGGCGGCGGCGGAAACGACGACGAAGACCGCGACGACGACGACGACGACAGCCAGUCGUCGCAGAGCGACGGCGCCGACAUGGACGAGUUCAUACUAGUGAAAUUAAUGGAUAUACGGAAGGAAGUGCAGUGCCCUAUAUGCUUAGGCAUUAUCCGCAAAACAAGAACGGUUAUGGAGUGUUUGCACCGGUUUUGUAGGGAUUGCAUUGAUAAAUCCAUGCGGCUUGGAAAUAAUGAAUGCCCGGCAUGCCGCACUCAUUGCAAGAGCAGACGUUCCUUGAGGGAUGAUCCUAAUUUUGACGCUUUAAUUUUAGCUUUAUAUCCAGAUAUUGACAAGUACGAGGAAGAGGAACUUGCUUUUGGUGAGGAGGAGAAGACUCGCAACAAAAAGAUUCAAGAAUCCAUUGCUGAAACAUACCGAAGACAGUCAGAAGCACUUGUGAAGAAACGCUCCACUGCAAAAGCAAUAGCUACAUCAAGAAAGACUCGGGGGAAUAUGCGGACAAAGAGGAGAGGACGGAAUAGUUCUCCUGAUAUUGCCCCGACUGACAUUGAUGAGGAGGAGGAGAGAGAAGAAAAUGGCAAUGAGGGCAGCAAAGAAUCGUCUUCUGUUGAUGACCGUUCGCCAGAAGUAAAGGUUAAAAGAGCUCGGAGAUGGCCUGUGCCACGAUCAUCCCCGGCUAAGAUUAUUGGCAGUGUCGAGAGUAGCUACGAGGAGAAUGAUGAUAUGGGAGGUGCCAGAGAUAUCUUGGCUACUUCUCCGCUGCGUGGAGAGAUGCUUGCCUGGGGCAAAAAUGGCACCCGCAGUCAAACUCGGCAUGGCAGUGCCGGUGGCUCCAGUGGAAGGAUGGUCAAGGGUGGGCGUGUUGCCAAGUUGGUGGAUCAUCUCCGUAAUGCUGAUGAGUUUGAUAGUAAGCUCAACCUGUAUCUUGUUCUGGCUCCACUUGAUGGACAAAGCAUGCCGAAACUGGAGAAGUCCUACCUCAGUUGCCAGCCAACGUUCUGUGUUCGCCAUCUGUGCCAGUUCGUUGCUCUUCAGCUGUCCCGGCAAGCCAAGGAAGUGGAGAUUUACUUCAGGAAGAACUCCAGAGACGGAUCCUUUGCAAUAGAAGAGACCGGUACAGACGAAGCAAUGCUGGAUCGGUUCGAUGGCCUGGAAAGGUUGAAGGAAGAGAAAUCUCUUUCGGAGCUUUACCCUUCGUUCGCCUCCGGUGCCGGGGACCUGGAGCUGCUGUACUCCCUGAAGACACAAGGCUAGGCACAAUUGGUGGCACCAGCUCUCUUCACCGUCAGCCUGAUCCAGCUCUGCAGGAAAACCUGUACAGAAGUCAUUCAAUAUAGGAGGAAAAAAGGAGUCAAAGUAGAAGUAUUUAUUGGCCGUAUCUUAUUGUUUAAAUUGUUAUUACUGUGUUAUCUUGUGAAGUGGUUCAUUGGUUAAAACAUAAAGUAAAGUGGACUGGUCAGAAUCGAGUAGUAGCAGUGUAAAACAGGUCAAACAAAGAAAAUUACCUUGUUGUCAGUUUAUUAACCCUAUAUAUAUGUAUCGAGUGGUGCAGCGGUAA